AUGGGCAGCAAAGCCAGGAGUCCAGCAAUCGGAAUCGACUUGGGGACAACAUAUUCGUGUGUGGGUUUCUGGAAACAUAAUCGAGUUGAGAUCAUAGCAAAUGAUCAAGGCAAUAGGACAACCCCAUCUUAUGUUGCAUUCACUGAAAAUGAACGUCCAAUUGGUGAUGCUGCUUACAACCAAGUUGGCUUCAAUCUAGUCAACACUAUCUUCGUGAAGGAUGCAGUUGUGACCAUCCCUGCCUAUUUCGAUCAUUCACAACGUCAAGCCACAAUGGAUGACAAGGAAAUUGCAGGCAUCAAUAUUCUGCGUUUAAUCAACGAGCCAACGGCUACCGCUCUCGCUUAUGGUCUAGAUAAUAGUUCUAACAUCACGGGGAAGAAAAAUGUUCUUGUUUUUGAUCUCGGAGGUGGUACUUUUGAUGUCUCGGUUCUCACAAUUAAUAGAAAAGGCAACAUUGAAGUCAAGGCUAUUGCUGAUAAUACUCAUCUUGGAGGGGAGGAUUUUGAUAAUCGAAUGGUGAAUCAUUUCCGUAAGGAAUUUAAGAGGAAGCAUCGUAAGGAUAUCAGCGAAAAUCCUAAAUCAAUGAGGAGACUAAGAACAGGUUGCGAGAAGGCAAAAAGGAUCCUUUCAUCUUGUUCCGAGACAAGGAUCGAUAUCGACUCCCUGUUUGAAGGCAUAGACUUCUCAGCAGCAAUCACCCGACCCAAAUUCGAGGAGUUGAACUCCGAUUUAUUCGUCAAAUGCAUUGAGAUGGUUGAAAAGUGUUUGGCAGAUGCCAAAAUGAAUAAGAAAGCCUUAGACGAAGUUGUCCUGCCAGAUGAAGCUGUUGCUUAUGGUUCAGCUGUUCGAGCCGCGGUCUUGACCGGAAAUCAAGGCAAUGAGAAACUCCAAGACUUUGUACUAAUAGAAGUUAUCCCAUUAUCUCUUGGUCUUAAACUUACAGGGGAAGUCAUGAAAUUUCUGAUUCCAAGGAAUACUCUCCUGCCCACAAGGGUAACAAUGAAAUUCACCACUUCAAAUACGGUGGACGAAAAAUCUUGUCAGCGAAUUAAAGUGUUUGAGGGCGAAAGAGCGAGAACAACCGACAACAAUUUCUUAGGCGAAUUUGAGCUUGAGGGCAUUAAAAAAGCCCCUAGGGGAACUCCUAGAAUCGAGUUGUGCUUUGAUUUGCAAGUCAAUGGCAUUUUGAAUGUAUCCGCUCGAGAUAUGAAUACCGGUCGAAAAAAAAGCAUCAGAAUCAACAGCGGGAGAUUAUCGAGAGAUGAAAUAAAUAGGAUGAUAAAGGAAGCCAACAAGUUUAAGGCCAUGGACGAAAAGCGAAGGGAGAAGUAUGAAGCAAGCUAG